UUCCCUUCUCUCCUGUCAUUUUAACUCGCGGCGGCUUCAUCACUUCUUCUGCUCCGUCCCCUCUCCUCCAAACCCUAACCCCAAAUUCCAUCCACAACUCGAGCAAAAAUGGCGAUCCGGAAGCUCCUCACGCUUGGCCGCCGCCGCCUUCCCCUCGUUCACCUCUCACGAUCCGCCUCUACUGUCCCCGCCGCCGCGGGCACCCCCUCCGCCGCCGUCCCGUCCACCAGCGGGCCCCCCGUCAUGCACUACGACCUCCUCGUCCGCGCCGUCAGCGCCAAGAUCCAGCGCGUCGACAAUCCUGACCCCCGCUUCCUUCGCUACUCCUCUCCCCAUCCCGCCCUCGCUGACCACACCCCGAUCCUCGUCGCCCCGGAGACCCGCGUCACCACCCUCCCCAAUGGUCUCCGCGUCGCUACAGAGUCCACCCUUGCUUCCCGCACUGCCACUGUCGGCGUCUGGAUCGACGCUGGCAGCCGCUUCGAGACCGACGAGACCAACGGCACGGCCCACUUCCUCGAGCACAUGAUCUUCAAGGGUACCGCCGAUCGGACGGUGAGGCAGCUCGAGGAGGAGAUCGAGAACAUGGGGGGCCAUCUCAACGCCUACACCUCCAGAGAGCAGACCACCUACUACGCCAAGGUGAUGGACCAGGACGUUCCCAAGGCGCUCGAGAUCCUCGCCGACAUUCUCCAGAACUCGUGUUUUGACGAAAACCGGAUCAAUCGGGAGCGCGAUGUUAUCCUUCGUGAGAUGGAAGAGGUGGAGGGUCAAACUGAAGAAGUUAUCUUUGACCAUCUGCAUGCAACAGCUUUCCAAUAUACUCCGUUGGGCAGAACAAUCCUUGGACCUGCUCAAAAUAUAAAGACAAUCACAAAAGAACACCUUAAGAACUACAUUUCAACUCACUAUACAGCUCCUAGAAUGGUCAUCUCUGCUGCUGGUGCUGUCAAGCAUGAAGAUAUAGUUGAGCAGGUGAAGAAGCUGUUCACAAAGCUUUCAGCUGACCCUACAACAGCAUCUCAGCUGGUUGCGAAUGAACCAGCUGCUUUUACUGGUUCUGAGGUUAGAAUUAUAGAUGAUGAUCUUCCACUUGCACAAUUUGCGGUUGCUUUCAGUGGAGCAUCCUGGACAGAUCCUGAUUCUAUUGCUUUGAUGGUCAUGCAAUCCAUGCUAGGUUCUUGGAACAAAAGUGCUGGAGGUGGAAAGCACAUGGGCUCAGAGCUUGCACAAAGGGUUGCAAUUAGUGAAAUAGCUGAGAGCAUGAUGGCUUUCAAUACCAACUAUAAAGAUACCGGUCUGUUUGGUGUUUAUGCAGUUGCCAAGCCUGAUUGCUUGGAUGACUUGGCUUUUGCGAUUAUGUAUGAAAUAAGCAAGAUGUCUUACCGUGUUUCAGAAGCUGAUGUUACUCGUGCUCGUAAUCAGCUGAAAUCUUCUGUUCAACUUCACAUUGAUGGUACUAGCCCUGUUGCUGAGGACAUUGGUCGUCAGCUGCUUACAUAUGGCCGAAGAAUACCAGUUGCUGAGCUUUUUGCAAGGAUUGAUGCAGUUGAUGCAAGCACUGUGAAGCGUGUUGCAAACCGCUUCAUAUUUGAUCAGGAUGUUGCAAUUGCUGCCAUGGGACCCAUCCAGCGCCUUCCUGAUUACAACUGGUUCAGGCGCCGGACCUACAUGCUCCGAUACUAAAUUUAAUGUAGUUCUUAUUGUUUCUGUUAUAUAUUGAAAAUUUCUUAAUGGGGGCUUCGGCUGCAGGCCAUGUUCGUCUUAAGGCUUUUGGUGGCCGGAAUUUUUGUCCUCAGUUUCCUUAAAUUUAUGUCUUAAAUUUAUUUUUGUGUUGUAACAUCUCAGUUCCUGUCAAUUAAUAAGCAUCCAACUACAUGGCUACGCUUUUUUGGUCAAAGUUACCACAUUCUGCUUGCA